GACACAGCAAUUUUGUGUUCCCUUGUGGUUUGCUGUCAGCAAGCUGUUACCCACACAUGCAAAAGGUUGUUUGAAGUGGCUUACACAUGUUUCCAUAGCAGCAGUCAUCUUAGUGAUUUCUCUCGUUUUUGGACUUUUUUUUCUUUUGCUUCUCUGUUCCUCGCUGAUGCAGGAUUAAACAAACAGCAUAUUUAGGUCAAGGAAAGAGAUGUUUGCUAAUAUAGAUGCUAGGCUAAGCAUUCUGGGAGAAUGAUUUUUGCAGCAGAUGAACAUUCUUUGUGCCUUCCAGCAGCAUCUGCAGCAGGGUGGCUGUCUGGCACUGUCUUUUUCAUUUUGGGCAGGUUCUGGGAUUCAGAACAAUCCCAAGCAAAUCACAGGAGCCGGCAGUUUUUCAGUAACCGCAUGUAAAUCCUCUGCUUAUUUGUUCUUUGGUAUUAACAAUGAAGCAAUCUCCUGGAAAAAUGAUACUUCGAAGGUUUUGGUGCAUCUGAGGUGUGUCAUCUUCUUUUUGCACCACCCCUCCUGUUUUACACUUGGAGCCUGGAUUUUUUUGUCAGACUGUUGGGCAGGAGCGGAUUCUAGUACGACAGCUUGGAGCUUCCCUUCUGUUCCGGUGCCGGCAACUGCCUGUCAUGAAGAUGGUACAGUGGGAGCCUGCUCUGAAGAGCCAAGGAAGAUGAUGUGGCAAUGGAGUAGAGAUUGCUAGAAAUCUGAACAUCCACACCUUGGGGAUGGGUUGCACUACUAGUGUGAUUCUGUUUAAAGGCAUCCGCACUGUUUUUGAAAGAAACUGUGCUUAUAUGUGCAAACAGCAAGGAGAGAAUAAUGCCCUUGAAUAUACAGCAUACAAUUGGACAAAAGAAGAUUCAGAACUAUUGAUCGCCUCCUGUCUGGCAAAGCCAAAGCUGAUUGAGCCACUUGACUAUGAAAAUGUCAUCGUCCAGAAGAAGACACAGAUCCUGAAUGAUUGUUUAAGGGAGAUGCUGCUCUUCCCUUAUGAUGACUUCCAGGUCGUCAGAGUGGGCCGCGGGCACCGUUUGACUUUAGGCUGUCUCCAGGCCUCUAGGCCCAUCUUGGAGACAGCCAUUCUGAGACGACAGGGUCGAUACAAAUGCUCGACAGUUCCUGCAAACGCACACGAGGAAGCGCAGAGCUUAUUUGUCACGGAGUGCAUCAAAACCUAUAACUCUGACUGGCAUCUGGUGAACUAUAAAUAUGAAGAUUACUCAGGAGAGUUUCGGCAGCUUCCAAACAAAGUGGCCAAGUUGGAUAAACUUCCAGUUCACGUCUAUGAAGUUGAUGAGGAGGUCGACAAAGACGAGGAUGCUGCCUCCCUUGGCUCUCAGAAAGGUGGGAUCACCAAGCAUGGCUGGCUGUACAAAGGCAACAUGAACAGUGCAAUAAGCGUGACCAUGAGGUCUUUUAAAAGACGGUUUUUCCACCUGAUUCAACUUGGUGAUGGAUCCUACAAUUUGAAUUUUUAUAAAGAUGAAAAGAUCUCCAAAGAACCAAAAGGAUCAAUAUUUCUGGAUUCCUGUAUGGGUGUGGUUCAGAACAACAAAGUCAGGCGUUUUGCUUUUGAGCUCAAGAUGCAGGACAAAAGUAGUUAUCUUUUGGCAGCAGACAGUGAAGUGGAAAUGGAAGAAUGGAUCACAAUUCUAAACAAGAUUCUCCAGCUCAACUUUGAAGCUGCAAUGCAAGAAAAGCGAAAUGGAGAUUCUCAUGAAGAUGAUGAACAGAGUAAAUUGGAAGGUUCUGGUUCCGGUUUAGAUAGCUAUCUGCCUGAACUUGCCAAGAGUGCCAGAGAAGCAGAAAUCAAACUGAAAAGUGAAAGCAGAGUUAAACUUUUUUACUUGGACCCAGAUGCCCAGAAGCUUGACUUCUCAUCAGCUGAGCCAGAAGUGAAACCAUUUGAAGAGAAGUUUGGAAAAAGAAUUCUCGUCAAGUGCAAUGAUUUAUCUUUCAAUUUGCAAUGCUGUGUUGCCGAAAAUGAAGAAGGACCCACUACAAAUGUAGAGCCUUUCUUUGUUACUCUAUCCCUGUUUGACAUAAAAUACAACCGGAAGAUUUCUGCUGAUUUCCACGUGGACCUGAACCAUUUCUCAGUGAGGCAGAUGCUGGCCACCACAUCCCCGACUCUGAUGAAUGGCGGUAGGCAGAGCUCACCUGCCCUUCAGGACAUCCUUCAUGAAGCUGCCAUGCAGUAUCCGAAGCAGGGAAUAUUUUCAGUCACGUGUCCUCAUCCUGAUAUAUUUCUUGUGGCUAGAAUUGAAAAGGUGCUUCAGGGGAGCAUCACGCACGGUGCGGAGCCGUACAUGAAAAGUUCAGACUCUUCUAAGGUUGCUCAGAAGGUGCUGAAGAAUGCCAAGCAGGCAUGCCAGAGACUAGGACAGUAUAGAAUGCCAUUUGCUUGGGCAGCAAGGACAUUGUUUAAGGAUGCAUCUGGAAACCUUGACAAAAAUGCCAGAUUUUCUGCUCUCUACAGGCAAGACAGCAAUAAGCUAUCCAAUGAUGACAUGCUCAAGUUACUUGCAGACUUUCGGAAACCUGAGAAGAUGGCUAAACUCCCAGUGAUUUUGGGCAAUCUAGACAUUACAAUUGAUAAUGUUUCCUCAGACCUCCCUAAUUAUGUCAAUUCAUCAUAUAUUCCCAUGAAGCAAUUUGAAAUGUGUACUAAAACUCCCAUUACAUUUGAAGUAGAGGAAUUUGUGCCCUGCAUACCCAAACACACUCAGCCUUACACCAUCUACAACAAUCACCUGUAUGUUUAUCCUAAGUACUUGAAAUAUGACAGUCAAAAGUCUUUUGCCAAGGCCAGAAAUAUUGCUGUUUGCAUUGAAUUCAAAGAUUCAGAUGAGGAAGACUCUCAGCCUCUGAAGUGCAUUUACGGCAGACCUGGUGGGCCGGUGUUCACGAGAAGCGCCUUCGCUGCGGUCUUACACCAUCACCAAAACCCAGAAUUUUAUGAUGAGAUUAAAAUAGAAUUGCCCACACAGCUACAUGAAAAGCACCACUUGUUGUUCACAUUCUUCCAUGUCAGCUGUGAUAAUUCAAGUAAAGGAAGCACAAAGAAGAAGGAUGUUGUCGAAACACAAGUUGGAUAUUCCUGGCUUCCUCUCCUGAAAGAUGGAAGAGUGGUGACUAAUGAGCAGCACAUUCCUGUCUCAGCUAAUCUCCCGUCUGGCUACCUUGGCUACCAGGAGCUUGGGAUGGGCAGGCAUUAUGGUCCAGAAAUUAAAUGGGUGGAUGGAAGCAAGCCACUGCUGAAAAUUUCAACUCAUCUAGUUUCCACAGUGUAUACUCAGGAUCAGCAUUUACAUAAUUUCUUCCAGUACUGUCAGAAAACCGAAUCUGGAGCCCAAGCCUUAGGGAAUGAACUUGUAAAAUACCUUAAGAGCCUGCAUGCGAUGGAGGGCCACGUGAUGAUCGCCUUCUUGCCCACCAUCCUAAACCAGCUGUUCCGCGUCCUCACCAGAGCAAGCCAGGAGGAAGUCGCCGUCAACGUGACACGGGUCAUUAUUCAUGUGGUUGCCCAGUGCCAUGAGGAAGGAUUGGAGAGCCACUUGAGGUCAUAUGUUAAGUAUGCUUAUAAGGCUGAGCCAUAUGUCGCUUCCGAAUAUAAGACAGUGCAUGAAGAACUGACCAAAUCCAUGACCACAAUUCUCAAGCCUUCCGCUGAUUUCCUCACCAGCAACAAAUUACUUAAGUAUUCGUGGUUUUUCUUUGAUGUUUUGAUAAAAUCCAUGGCUCAGCAUUUGAUAGAGAACUCCAAAGUAAAGUUAUUGCGAAACCAGAGAUUUCCUGCAUCCUAUCAUCAUGCAGUGGAAACUGUUGUGAAUAUGCUGAUGCCUCACAUCACUCAGAAGUUUCGAGAUAACCCAGAAGCGUCUAAGAAUGCGAAUCAUAGCCUUGCCAUGUUCAUCAAGAGAUGUUUCACCUUCAUGGACAGGGGCUUCGUCUUUAAGCAGAUCAACAACUACAUCAGCUGCUUUGCUCCGGGAGAUCCGAAGACUCUCUUUGAAUACAAGUUUGAAUUUCUCCGCGUAGUGUGCAAUCACGAACAUUAUAUUCCUUUGAAUUUACCAAUGCCUUUUGGAAAAGGCAGGAUUCAAAGAUACCAAGCUUUUCUUUCACCAACUGUGGAGUCAAAUGACACUCCUGUAGAUCUCCAGCUUGACUACUCAUUAACAGAUGAGUUCUGCAGAAACCACUUCUUGGUGGGACUCUUACUGAGGGAAGUGGGCACCGCCCUCCAGGAGUUUAGGGAGGUCCGGCUGAUUGCCAUCAGCGUGCUCAAGAACCUGCUGAUAAAGCAUUCUUUUGAUGACAGAUAUGCUUCAAGGAGCCAUCAAGCAAGGAUAGCCACUCUCUACCUGCCUCUGUUUGGUCUGCUGAUUGAAAAUGUCCAGCGGAUCAAUGUGAGGGAUGUGUCACCCUUCCCUGUGAACCCUGGCAGUACUGUGAAGGAGGAAUCACUUACUUUGCCAGCUGUAAACCCGUUAGUGACACCACAGAAGUCUGGAAACACGCUGGAUAACAACCUGCACAAAGACCUCUUUGGUGCUAUCUCUGGCAUUGCUUCUCCAUAUACGACUUCAACUCCAAACAUCAACAGUGUGAGAAAUGCUGAUUCAAGAGGAUCCCUCAUAAGCACAGAUUCGGGAAACAGCCUUCCAGAAAGGAAUAAUGAGAAAAGCAAUUCCCUGGAUAAGCACCAACAAAGUGGCACUUUGGGAAAUUCUGUGGUUCGCUGUGACAAACUUGACCAGUCUGAGAUUAAGAGCCUGCUGAUGUGUUUCCUCUACAUCUUAAAAAGCAUGUCUGAUGAUGCUUUGUUUACGUAUUGGAACAAGGCUUCAACAUCUGAACUUAUGGAUUUUUUUACAAUAUCUGAAGUCUGCUUGCACCAGUUCCAGUACAUGGGGAAGCGAUAUAUAGCCAGGAACCAGGAGGGGUUGGGACCCAUAGUUCAUGAUCGAAAAUCUCAGACAUUGCCUGUUUCCCGUAACAGAACAGGAAUGAUGCAUGCCAGAUUGCAGCAGCUGGGCAGCCUGGAUAACUCUCUCACUUUUAACCACAGCUAUGGCCACUCGGAUGCAGAUGUUCUUCACCAGUCAUUACUUGAAGCCAACAUUGCUACUGAGGUGUGCCUUACGGCUCUGGACACUCUCUCUCUGUUCACACUGGCGUUUAAGAACCAGCUCCUGGCUGACCAUGGACAUAAUCCUCUCAUGAAAAAAGUUUUUGAUGUCUACCUGUGUUUUCUUCAAAAAAAUCAGUCUGAAACGGCUUUAAAAAAUGUCUUCACUGCCUUAAGGUCAUUAAUUUAUAAGUUCCCCUCCACGUUCUAUGAAGGGAGAGCUGACAUGUGUGCUGCUCUGUGCUAUGAGAUUCUCAAGUGCUGUAACUCCAAACUGAGCUCCAUCAGAACCGAGGCCUCCCAGCUGCUGUACUUCCUGAUGAGGAAUAACUUCGACUACACUGGAAAGAAGUCCUUUGUCCGGACACAUUUGCAAGUCAUUAUUUCCGUCAGCCAGCUGAUAGCAGAUGUUGUUGGGAUCGGGGGAACGAGAUUCCAGCAGUCCUUGUCUAUCAUCAACAACUGUGCCAACAGCGACAGGCUCAUCAAGCACACCAGCUUCUCCUCAGAUGUGAAGGACUUGACCAAAAGAAUACGCACAGUUCUGAUGGCCACUGCCCAGAUGAAGGAACACGAGAAUGACCCGGAGAUGCUGGUGGACCUCCAGUACAGUCUGGCCAAGUCUUAUGCCAGCACUCCUGAGCUCAGGAAGACGUGGCUGGACAGCAUGGCCAGGAUCCAUGUCAAAAACGGGGAUCUCUCCGAGGCAGCCAUGUGCUACGUCCAUGUCACAGCCCUGGUGGCAGAAUAUCUCACACGGAAAGAAGCAGACAUAGCCCUCCGGCCGGAGAUACCCCACUUCCCCUCCAGUCACAGCACCUGCCAGAGGAGGCGCCAGGGAGGCAUGUUUAGACAAGGAUGCACAGCCUUCAGGGUCAUCACCCCCAACAUAGAUGAGGAGGCCUCCAUGAUGGAAGAUGUCGGAAUGCAGGAUGUUCAUUUCAAUGAGGAGGUGCUCAUGGAGCUCCUAGAGCAGUGUGCAGAUGGACUCUGGAAGGCUGAACGCUACGAGCUGAUCGCUGACAUCUAUAAACUCAUCAUCCCCAUUUACGAGAAGAGAAGAGAUUUCGAGAGGCUGGCUCAUCUCUAUGACACCCUACACCGGGCCUACAGCAAAGUGACCGAGGUCAUGCACUCGGGCCGCAGGCUCUUGGGGACGUACUUCCGAGUGGCCUUCUUCGGACAGGCAGCGCAAUACCAGUUUACAGACAGUGAAACAGAUGUGGAGGGAUUCUUUGAAGAUGAAGAUGGAAAGGAGUAUAUUUACAAAGAGCCCAAACUCACGCCUCUGUCCGAAAUCUCCCAGAGACUCCUUAAACUUUACUCAGAUAAAUUUGGUUCUGAAAAUGUCAAAAUGAUACAAGACUCUGGCAAGGUCAACCCUAAGGAUCUGGAUUCCAAGUAUGCGUAUAUCCAGGUGACUCAUGUGAUCCCAUUCUUUGAUGAAAAAGAGUUGCAAGAAAGGAAAACAGAGUUUGAAAGAUCUCAUAACAUUCGCCGCUUCAUGUUUGAGAUGCCCUUCACUCAGACUGGGAAAAGGCAGGGUGGGGUCGAGGAGCAGUGCAAACGGCGCACCAUAUUGACAGCAAUACACUGCUUCCCAUAUGUAAAGAAGCGGAUCCCUGUCAUGUACCAACACCACACCGACCUGAACCCCAUUGAAGUGGCCAUUGAUGAGAUGAGCAAGAAAGUGGCUGAGCUCCGGCAGCUGUGCUCUUCGGCCGAAGUGGACAUGAUCAAACUGCAGCUCAAACUCCAGGGCAGCGUGAGCGUUCAGGUCAACGCUGGUCCACUAGCGUAUGCCCGAGCUUUCUUAGAUGACACAAACACAAAAAGGUAUCCUGACAAUAAAGUGAAGUUGCUUAAAGAAGUUUUCAGGCAAUUUGUGGAAGCUUGUGGUCAAGCCUUAGCAGUAAAUGAACGGCUGAUUAAAGAGGACCAGUUAGAGUAUCAGGAAGAAAUGAAGGCCAACUACAGGGAAAUGGCAAAGGAGCUUUCUGAAAUCAUGCAUGAGCAGAUUUGCCCCCUGGAGGAGAAGACGAGCGUUUUACCGAAUUCUCUUCACAUCUUCAAUGCCAUCAGUGGGACUCCAACAAGCACAAUGGUUCAUGGGAUGACCAGCUCGUCCUCAGUUGUGUGAUUUCACCUCAUGGACCACCUGUGGGGACUUGCUUUGUCAUUUACAAACUCAGGAUGAUUUCCAAAAGUAAUCACUGGGCCCGUGCAAGACACGGGGAAGACCGAGCACAAGAAGUCAAGGGGAAUGGGAGAGAAAGGAAAUAAAGAACUGUGUUAUUUCUUAGCACAUUUUCUAGAGGAGUCAUAAGAGGGUGCACGUAUUUUUUUAAAUCUCGCUGGCAAUAUUCAAACUUUUCAUUGUGUCUUAACAGAGGUGUGUGGUGGACACUCUUAAGCUGGAGUUAAAUUUUAUUCUUCCUUACAGAGUAGUAUUAAACGGCCUAGAGAAAACAAGUGUUCUAGAAUGUACAUAGCAGGGACAGUAGCACUGAAAUUGAGGCUGGGGUAACCUUUUGCCUCUAGGCUAAGCUGGAAAAUCUUGAAAAUAUUUUUUUUUUCCUGUGGCACAUUCAGGUUGAAUACAAGAAUUAUUUUUGUGACUAGUUUUUGAUGACCCAAGGGAACUGACCAUUGUAAUUUUUGUACCAGUGAACCAGAAGGUUUAGUGCUUUUAUACUCAUUUACUUGCAUUUAAAAAAUAUGAAAGCUUAAGAAACUAUGUGAGCCUAAAACUAGUCAAGCAGUUUAGAACCAAAGGCCUGUAUUAAUAAACACAACUAUGCUCAAAAUUUAAAAAUAGUACAGUAUAUUGUUAUGUACAUAGAGUUUGUUAAUACAGUCUCAGCAUCCUGUAUAUACGUGUAUUACAUUUCUACAUUUUUAAUACUCACAUCAGCUUCUGCAUAAGUUUAAUUGUGACAAAUUUGUGCUGUACUUAGUAUAUGCAAUACACUUCACUGUUUUAUUCUUGUACAUAAAAAAGUGCAAUAUUGAGAUGUAUACAGUCUUUGCUAUGUUAGGUUUAUAAACUGUUUUAAAAAUUUCAUCCUUUUGCCAAAGUGGUGGAGUAUGUAAUUGGUAAAUCAUAAAUCCUGUGGUGAAUAGUGGUGUAAUUUAAAGCUUUCACCAUGUUAUAUUUUCUUUUGAGACAUUAAUUUAGUAAUUUUAUAUUUGGAAAAAUAAAAGUUUUUAAUUUUAUUUAACUAGAAUCUCUGCCCUGCUGUAAUUAAACAUUCUGUACCACAUCUGUAUUAAAAAUAACAUUGCUGAUUU